UUUUAUGCACACGUCAAACAUGACGGACAUACUGCUUAAGAGGUUGACAAUUGUCAGUGUAUUGCUUUUGUUGAUCGUGCUUAUAACAGUGCUCUGCAUCGUGUGGACUAUGCCGGACAGUAAACAAAUAGACGCAAAUACGAAUAUAUGUCUAAAAAAUAAUAACAAUAAUGUGCAAUGUGGUGAAACAAUCGAGUUAUUACACGCAUUGUUUGAAAAGAAAAUUUUAUCUGCAUACAUUGAAGCUGAGACAAGGGAGAAAAAUCAGACCAAAAUAUACAUUGAAGAUUCUCUGAAACACAACGUUCAAUUGAUGUCAGACUACAAAAACACGUUGUGGGACAUGAAACCUUCUGCAAAAUUAGUUGGCAUUCAUGAGAAACAAGAUCAUAUUUCAGGUAAUCAUUCAAUGACAACGGUCACAUGUUGGCGUCACGACAAAGACCUAUUUUAUACAACAGGGUUUCAGAGAUACGGAAUUAGGUUCCAAAAUGGCCGAUUAAUUGUUCCCGUAAGCGGUACAUACUACAUAUACUCGUUCCUAGGACUAACAGAACGACGUCUUACUGACGACGGAAUUCCAGUAGAAUCAAACAAUAUGCACGAAAUAAAACAUGCAAUGCAUAAGUAUAACGUACUUGAUACUGUUGCUAUGGAAAUCGCAUCAAAUUUGCAGUCUCGUAAAAACGCUUCGGAAGGUUACUUUAAUUAUUACACUAGUCAAAUAGCUACCUUGGCGAAGCUUCGCGCUGGUGAUGAAAUAUCAGUAAAGCUAAGCGACGUGACACUUUUAAAAUACACGGGGAAUAACUACUUUGGCCUGCAUCUCAUAUAACAUCUCCGACAUUGGGGCAGCGUCCACGUCGCGUCGGAGGGAUGGAGGACCCAACAAAUGCCCCAGUUUAUCAAAUUCAAUAUACAGUAAUGUGAAAUGGGCCCCAUCAAUUUGGAAUGGUCUAGUUGGCUCCUUGUAAUUCUAUACGGUACUGUUUAAACUGGGUUUAACCUAUUACAUUUUAUUUUCACAAAGCAUUUUAAUAACGCAUCAUUUCAAUUGAUGACGUCAUUCUAUUUAUAUUCUGAUUUGACGUCAGCUCAGUGAAAACAAUCGUAUAGCAUUAUGAUGACUACGGACAAGCUUACUUUGCAACAUGUGUUCCUUUUAGAGUCAGUCAAGAUAAGAUGCUUCUUUAAUUUUCAUAAAAUAGAAAUUGAGGGAGCUCACAUAAUUAGUGCAAGAGUUGGAAGAAAAUAAAGAAUAAAAAUAUAAAAGAGAAAUACAUUUUAAACAUUUAACUCAGCAGAAUUUUCAGUUGCGUAAAAAUAAAUUGGAAAUAACACAUAAACUGAGUGUAUGCACCUGAACUUUAUACACGCCUAAGAUCCUAGCUAUGAAUUUUGUAAAUCAUCAUUUCUAAAAAUGCUGAAUGAGAGGCAUUUAGCCGAUUUCGAAUGUUAUAUUUGUGAAUGCUUUUUGAUAUAGAUUUUGGUCGCAAGUGAAUCUUUUUUGGCAAUGUUAAGAAUGAACUUGGCUGCCUUUAACUUCUUUUACACAACAUUGUACAUAAAUGUAUGUCGCAUAACUUUCCGCUAUGUCAAUUUUGUAUGUUUAAAGAUUGAAACUUUUAUGUCAAUAUGUAAUUGUAUAAUCAUGAAAUAAAAUGAAAUGGUAUUCUAGGAGAAAAAACUUAAACCGCCAUGAGUGAAAGAUUUCUAUAUAUUUUGUGUCUUUUUGUUCUUUCUAACGUCUGAUUUUUGAAUAGUAGUUUUUGUUGUAUAAAUAUCAUUACUAAUUGAAUAUAAACGAUUUUUGUAUUGUAGAAAAACGCUUAAAAGAGUCAGGUGAACGAUAACUUUUAGGAAAAUGAUUUAGAUAAAACAGAGACUUUUAUUUCAACUUCGAGUGUAUCAUUAAUUGUUCUUUUGAUAAGAUUGCAUAUUACAAUUUAAAUUCUUUACGACGUACGUUACUCGUAUAGA